CACAUCCUGUUUACGUUCGUCUUAACUGUACCUCAGUGAAAAAAACUCUGAUUGUUCUGAUUGUAUAAAGUCAGAGGAGGACCAGGCUGAAAUGAAACUGCCUUCGAUCUAAGUACUACCUCACUGCUGGAAAUACAAGGAACUCUCCUCGUGGCUUCCUGUCAGCACCACCAUGUCGUGCCGGGAUAUCCACGCCACCAACGCUUUUGCCUUCAUCCUUGCCUUUGUUUGUGUGGGAGGGCUUGCUGUGGCAGCAUUAAUCCCACAGUGGCGUGUAACAAGACUCGUCACCUUCAAUCGUAAUGCCAAGAAUAUCAGUGUGUAUGAUGGGCUGUGGGCUAAAUGUGUGAAACAGGAUGGCUAUUCUGGAUGCUACUACUAUGAUUCAGAGUGGUACUCUAAAGUGGACCAGCUGGAUCUGCGGCUCCUGCAGUUCUGUCUUCCUACGGGCAUGAUGUUUGGCUCUCUGGCCUUGCUGCUGUGCAUGGCAGGAAUGUUUAAGACCUGCUGCUGCUCAGACAAGCCUGAACCAGACAUUAAGACCAUCAGAUUCCUGGUCAACAAUGCAGGCUGUCACCUGGUGGCCGGGACGUUUUUGUUCUUAGGUGGAGCUAUUGCCAUCGCACCCUCAGUAUGGUUCCUUUUUCGGACCAAGGAAAUGAACAUCAAAUAUGACAACAUUUUUUCCGAUGGCUUUGCUGUGUAUGUGUCUAUAGGCUGCUCUGGAGGUCUAAUGCUGGCCGCCCUGCUAAUGUUCAUGUGGUACUGUAUGUGUAAAAAGUUGCCUUCACCCUUCUGGUUGCCUCUGCCCUCUAUGCCUACCUCUCUGUCCACCCAGCCUCUCACUGCCAACGGAUAUCCUCCCUCUCCAGUGUAUGGCCCUCAGCCCUUCCCUCCCCAGGGCUAUCCUCCCACAGUGAUCGACUCCCAGCCAUAUGUGACCUCCCAGGGCUACGCUCAGAGUGUGGUGGCCCCUGUACCGCCACAGGUGUACAUGUCUCAGAUGUCUGUUCCUGAUGGUUAUGGCUCAGAGGUGGGAGGCAACCAGGCCUACAGCUACGCUCCCUCACAGGGCUACGCUCCCUCACAGGGCUACGCACCAUCUCAGGGCUACGCACCAUCUCAGGGCUACGCACCAUCUCAGGGCUACGCACCAUCUCAGAGCUACGCACCAUCUCAGAGCUACGCACCAUCUCAAGGCUACGCAUCCACCUACGCAGGUCAGCGAUACUCCUCCCGCUCACGGAUGUCUGCCAUAGAGAUCGACAUUCCCGUGCUGACACAGUGACAGUAAGAGAAGAGAGGCUAGAGAUGUCAGACUCCUGUCAAAGAAACUCAAUGAAGUUCACCACUGAUUAAACUAAUAGAGCAUGAUGGGUGGAAAUUAAUAAUACGGAGCCAUUUGCAGCCCUUAGAGUGAUACACUCAGUCAAUCCAGGUCUGUCAUUUGCUGAUAAUGCUGUGGAAGACGAAACCCAGUCAAAAGAACCCUGGGGUUAAUAUGAUGGCAUAUUUCAUACAAACAGAGAUCACUAAAUCACUAGAGCAAGCAACACUGGAUUCAGCUUACUACUGUAGAAAAGGGAAGAAAAUGGAUGUUUUUCCAGCCAAAAAUACAGAAAGACACCUCACUAGCCUUCUACUGUUUUUACUCUUAACUUGCUUAAGUGGCCAAAGGAUCAACUUACUUAGUAGUUACUAGCAUUUAUAUUGUGGUUGAAUAUAAAUUCCCAAACUGUCUUUUUAGAUUUAAGAAGCCCGGAUUAAGGCUGCCAUAAAUGAAGCGAUAGCUUACAGCAUAAAUAUAUUUUUCUGUUACAUUUGUUUAUGUUGGACACAUUAUAUUGAUACUGAAAUGACUUGUCACUUUUGCCUAUGUAAAGCUUACAGUAUAAAAACAGUCUUAUCACUAUUGAACAUUACUUUAAAUCCUGUGGUCCUGAAGGAACAACAACUACUACUAACUAACUCAGUUGUUUGUAUCUUUUGUUUUUGUGUAACAGGAAUUGUUGAUAUUGUCCCAUUGCCCUGUGAAGAGCAGCUGUUGAAGUUUCUUAUGCACUAAUUUUGUGAAUACUGUGCCAGUUACAUUGCCUUUAUUCACCUUUCUUUGUUUUAGCCUUGAGUAUUUUUCUAACAUAUUACCUAAUCAUUUAUUGUAACAUACUUUUCUGAAGUGCUCAUGUAUAAUAAAAAACAUGACACUAAGAAAUGUCUUAGCAAAGUAACAUUUGAUGGAAAAAUGUUAAUGUAAUGUUAAAGAUGUUAACAGAACGAGAGCGCUGUUCGUCUGCACCCAAAAUGUCCGCUGAUGAUUAAAACGUUUGCCAACUAA